UGAAAUUCGCUGUGGCCCGUUUUAUGGACAAAUCUAAAUCACACUUUGAAGACGUUGUAUAAAAAACCUAACGCCAUUAUAUAGCGUCUAUUUUUUUUGUAAUAACUGUAUUUUUUUGAAAUUAAAUUUUUCUAACCUUAAUCUGUCUUAUGUCAAAUGAAGAAAUUUGGGUUGUGGCGGGAGUUUUUUCGGAGUGUGAGUGUGAACUCGGAGAAAUAAACAAUAUAAUUUGUAGAAAGAACCGUAAAUAAUUUCAAGUUUUGUGGUAAAAGUGCCAUGUCGAAAGAUAUCCGUUCAUUUUUCACCGUAAUUCGAAAGAAAUCUGAUGCAAAUUCCCCAAAAGUUGAUUCUCCUGCAAUUAAGAAGAAGCCACAACGCAUAAUAGAGUCUGAUGAUGAAGAUGUGGUCUCUGCUACCCCAGAGACCAAACAGAAGAAACUUCCGAAAAGACGUGAAGUUUUAAAUUCAGACUCGGACGAAGAUGCGAAAAAAGCACCUAAAAAAGUGAAGACUGAAGAACCUAAGUUAAAACCGGUGAAUGUGGCGGAGGUGUUUAAGAAUGUCCCUAUAAAACAGAGUAAGGUUGAUGUCCCAAAAACCCCUGUGAAGAUAGAUGAGAAAGAAAUUCAUAAAAAUAGCGCUUUCAACAAGACAUUGGAAGAUUUAGAUGAUGAUAUUUUUGAACAGAGCAUUGAUCUUAUUGACUCAAUUGAGGGUACUCUCCGGAAUGAAAAAAAAUCAGAUUCAGAGCAACCUCAACAAAGUGUAAAGAAAAGAUCAAGAAAUGAUUCUUCAAGUGAUAAUCAAACACCUAAGAAAAAGAAAAUUGAGCAUUCAGACUCUGGUAUUGAUCCAGGACAAGAAGCUUAUGAGAAGAAGAGGUACUCAGCUAUGCUCUAUCAAAAGUAUCUGAACAGAGGGGAACCCAAACAUCGGGGAAUUAAAGAACUGCCAAAAGGAAAGCCAGAUUGUCUGAAAAACUUGUGUUUCCUGAAAACAGGGGUUUUAGAUUCGCUUGAUUCAGAAGGGUUUGCAAAUCUAGUAAAACAACAUGGGGGACGGGUUGUAAACGCUGUGUCAAGAAAAGUAAAUUAUGUUGUCGUGGGUGAAGAACCAGGGCCAGCAAAACUUGCAAAAGCUGAUGGUUACAACAUACCUAAUAUUUCCGAAGAUGAGCUUCUAGACAUGAUUCUAACAAAAUCGGGAAUCGAACCGAAAUAUUGUAAGAAGAAUACGUCGUGUAACAGCGAAGAUUUAGGCAUUGAUAUAGAUAAUGAACCAAAACCUAUCACACACAAUGAAGAAAUAAUUAAAAGUGACAAAAGCGAAAACAAGAAAAAGGAAGAAACUGAAACGAGUGUCACUGUCUCAACCAAUGGUCUCUCUGAAAAGAAAAUUAAAAGUGAUACCUUUUACAGUCAACCUAGCACCAGUAAAAUUUCAGAGAGUUCAAAAGUCAAAACGGUUUCUCCUCCUUCUGAAGUGGAGGCACUCCAGUUGUCCUUGCCUGAAAAAUACAAGCCACAAAACCUGAAGGGUGUCAUAGGGCAACAAGGCGAAUCGAGCAAUUUGUUCAAAUUGAAAAACUGGCUUAUAAAUUGGCAUAGAAACCAAGAUCCUAAAGUCAGAAAAAAGUUACCACGACCGACUCCCUGGACUACGAAUGAUAAUGGCGCUUAUUUCAAAUGCGCGUUGUUGAGUGGUCCCCCCGGUGUUGGCAAAACUACAACUGCAACACUUGUCGCCAAGGAUCUAGGUUUGGAUAUCGUCGAGUUUAAUGCCUCGGAUACGAGGAGCAAGAAAUUGUUACAUGAAGAAGUUUCACAGUUGUUGAGCACUAAAACAAUCGCUGGAUUUGCAACAGGCAAUGCGACAGUGCACCGCAACCGAGUUUUGCUAAUGGACGAAGUUGAUGGAAUGGCGGGGAACGAAGACCGUGGUGGUAUCCAAGAACUCAUUCAACUUAUAAAAAAUUCUAAUGUUCCGAUAAUUUGCAUGUGCAACGACCGAAAUCAUCAAAAAAUUCGAUCACUUGUCAACUACUGCUACGAUUUGAAGUUUACAAAACCAAAACUUGAACAAAUCAAGGGGUCAAUGAUGUCGAUUUGUUGCAAAGAAGGCAUUGAUAUUUCUUCACAAGCAUUGACAGAAAUUAUUGUGGGAACAGGCUGUGAUGUUCGACAAACACUCAACCAUUUAGCUCUAUUGGGGGCAACUAAAAACGAAAUCACGUUUGCGGUGGCUGAGAAGGAGGCAAAAGCUUCGAAGAAAGACAGUGUUAUGGGGCCGUGGGAGGUUUGUCGAACUGUUUUUACCAAAAGCGAACACAAGAAUAUGAGCGUUGUCGACAGAGCGAGAUUAUUUUUCUUUGAUUAUAGUUUGGGGCCGCUUUUUGUUCAGGAAAAUUAUCUUAAGGUUCAACCCGAAGGCUCAGAAAAACAGGCAUUAAUAAAAGCGGCUUUAGCGGCUGAUUCUAUCAGUAUGGGGGACAUUAUAGACUCAAAAAUCAGAAGGAGUAACAAUUGGGCGUUGCUUGAUUCGCAGGCUUUCUUCUCGUCCGUUAUUCCAGGCUACUACAUGUCUGGUGAUUUUCAGUCUAAAAUCAAUUUCCCCUCGUGGUUGGGGAAGAAUUCCAAGAAAAAUAAGUUUAAGAGGUUGAUAAGUGAGUUGCAAUUACACACACGAACAAGCGCAUCUGCGACCAAACUGGCUGUUAUGUUGGACUACUUGGUCCCGCUGCGGAAUGCAAUUUUGUCACCUUUGCAGGAGAAGGGAUUGGAAGGAGUCAAUGAAGCGGUUGCUGUAAUGAAGGAUUAUAAUCUUCUGAGGGAAGAUGUUGAUAGUUUGUUGGAGCUGUGCCAGUGGUCAACAAAAGAAAAUCCAAUGAAUAGCAUAGAUUCAAAAGUAAAAAGCGCAUUUACUCGCGCUUACAACAAGCAAGUCACUUUAUUACCAUUUGCUCCUGCUUCUGGAAUUUCCAAGAAGAAAAUAGCCGCUUUGGAAAGUGAUUUGAUAGAUGAAGAUGAUGAAAUUUCUGAUAAUGAAGAUGAUGACGAUAUCAGUAAUAAUGCGAUGAUAAAGGUGAAAAAGAAACCAGCUGCUAGAGGUAAAAAAGCGGAUGAGGGGGGUAAAGCCACAAGCAAAAAUGAGAAAAAGGGGAAAGGAAAAGCAAAGAAAAAGUAACUUAGUCUUUUUUUUUAUUAUUCAUGAAUUUUUCUUUACUUGUGUUUUAUUUAAUUAGAACAAAUUGUUUCAUUUUUUGCAGUGAUUUCUUUUAUACAUUGUCACAUCAAUAAAAAUAUUUUCUAUUUAUAAGUAUAUUAUUAUAUUUAUAUGUACUAUGAAUACAAAUUACGUUUUUUCGUUCGA